UGCAAUGUUCUUGGAAGACCAAGCAUUAUGAGUCUAACAACUAGUCUUGACUAGUCGCGCGACUAGUCUAGUACUCUCAAUCUGAUUGUCGGCUAGGUUCUUCGUGUGGACUAGCUCUGUGAGUCGAGAAGUGGAGCGACUAGUCAGCGUGUUUGAGUCGACCAACUGAAUUUGAAGGGAUAAGUGAGCAGCCCACGGAAGGGAAAAAUUGCAACCCUAGCUUUUCAGGCUCCUCCACAACGAGCCGCCUGCCCGCCUCACCUGGGACAAGGCCGCCGCCACCACCCACUGACCCGCCAUUGCCGGCGGUGGUGGCCAGGAGCAUUCUGCUCCUCUUCCUCUGCUGGAUCCGCCCCUACUGUUAUGCUCCUCCCCUGGAUCCGCCCCUCUGCUGCUAUGUUCCUCCUGGAUCCGUCGGAGGUGGCAAGCAAGCACUCCUCUGAUGUUGUAGCAAGGUACAGCCAUGGAUCCUCUUGACUACCUUUCUGUCAGAUUUCACUACAGAGGUGACUUUGAGCAUGAUGGAAAUGAUUGGGUUUAUGUUGGAGGAAAAACUGGGUUGUCCACAAUUGAAUUUCCAGAGCUGUCAGUAUCUGGGCUGAAGAAGAACCUUCCAGAUUUUAUUACAUGUUCUGAUUUAGCCCUACAAAAUACUAAACUGCAUUGGAAAUAUCCAGAUGGUGACUUGGCAAAUGCUUUGCUUGUACUGGAUGAUCAAAAAUCGAUGGAGAUGAUGGCUAAACAUGUAACUGAUGCUGGUGUUAUUGAUAUAUAUGUUGUCAUUCCUGCUGAUGAAAGUCUUGAAGGCAUUGAUUGGGAGUUUGAAUUUGCAGAGCAGUUUCAGGCAGAGCAUUGUUAUGCAGAGCAAGUUCAUGUAGAUGAAGGGCGUGCAGAGGAGGUGCAGGCAGAGCAAAGAAAUGCAGAGGAUGUACAAUGUAGGGCCAAAAUGCCAGUGUUCAGGGCAGCAAGUUCAGUUUCUGACAGAGGAAAAGGGGUUCCAACUGAGGAGAUGCAGUUUUCAGGUGAAUCUGACAGUGACAGUGACUAUGUUGUGCCUCCUGCAGAGAGCAACAGUUCAGCUGAAGAUGAAGAAAUCAUUGAGUAUAGAAAAUAUGCCAAAGAAUUCAAGGAGAAAAGGAGAAAGAAGAUGCUAGGGGAGGAAGAAGCACAAGCUUGCAAUGUUACUGAUGAUUUCAUUGUACCAGAAACAUGUAAGUUGGAUGAUGAUGCAGAUGACACCCCCUACUUUGAGAGUGAUGAUGAUCUUUCUUAUGAUGAGGCUAGUGAUGGAGAGGUCAAUGCUGUCAGAAGGAGAAAGACCACUCAUAAAGUGUAUGAUGACAGUACAAAUAACUCACAGUUUGAAGUUGGGAUGGCUUUUACUAACAGCGGAGAAUUCAAACAAGCACUAGUGAAAUAUGGAUUAAAGAAUUUCCAUCACUUGUUAUUUCCCAAGGAUGAGAAAAGAAGAGUGAGUGCCAAGUGCAGCUGGACUGGAUGCCAAUGGAGCAUUUAUGGUUCAAUAAAUAGCAAGUCUGACUGGUUGUUGGUGCAAAGGUACAACAAUGUCCAUACAUGUGUGCCUAGGAGAUAUAAUAAACUCGUGACUAGUUCUAUCAUUGCAAAGAAAUAUUUCAGACAGAUCAGAGACAAUCCAACAUGGAGGGUGGAGAAGAUGCAAGAAGCAGUACUAGAAGAUUUGCUAGCAGAUGUGACCAUAUCCAAAUGCAAGAGGGCGAAGAAACUUGUGAUGGAAAAGCUCAUAGAUUCAACUAAUGGUGAAUAUUCUAGAGUAUUUGACUACCACCUUGAGUUAAUUAGGAGCAAUCCUGGUAGUACUGUUGCAGUUACAUUAGACCCUAAUGAGCAUAAUGUGUUUGAAAGGAUGUAUGUUUGUCUAGAUGGUUGCAAGAAGGGGUUUAUAGCUGGAUGUAGAAGAGUUGUUGGGUUAGAUGGUUGUUUUUUGAAGGGUGGUGUGCAUGGACAAAUAUUGUGUGCAAUUGGGAGAGAUGCCAACAACCAGAUGUACCCCAUUGCAUGGGCAACUGUUGAGGUUGAGAGUUAUGAUAGUUGGAUCAACCAGCAAAAACAACCAGGAAAAAAGGCAAGAACACACCUCAGCAAGCAGGGCCAUGCUCUCAGCCAACAAGUUCACAAGCAGCUCCAAGGGCACAAGCAGCUCCAAGGGCACCAACAAGGGCUCCAGCAGCUACAAGGGUACCAACACCUCCAAGAGCUCCUGCAGCUACAAGGGCACCAAGGCCAUUUAGGGCACCAAGGACUUCAAAUUCUCAGCCAAGCACAUCUUCAUCACAAGUUCCAGCUUAUGGUGAUGGGAGGUUCGAGUGGCUUCUAACAGGAAGGAGGGGAUAGUGUGCUUAUGCUUACUUAUGAGCAGUGGUGAUGUGUAGCAUCAGUGACAAGCUUGAGCUUUUGUUGAUGUAAAACAUCAUCUUAAAUUAUGUGUUUUGGUCAUGUUAAACCUAGCUCUAGUGGAUGAUGAAUGACAGUGCAAAACUACUGGAUUUUGUGCUUUUGGUCAUGUUGAACUUUAUUCUAAUGGAUGAUGAAUGAAAGUGCCAAAUGAUAUGGUCAAAUUUAUGCAAUUCAGACAUAUAUUCAG